AUGGCUACCAACUACAAGCAACCAGACCACAAGCUCACCUUGAUCCCAGGCCCCAUUGAGUUUUCCGACUCUGUCUUGGGCGCCAUGGCCACUCCUUCCCAGGCCCACACUUCUCCAGAGUUUGUCAAGACCUUCCAGUCGGUUUUGCAGAACUUGCGUAAGGUGUUUAAGUCUACUGACUCAGACGCUCAGGGUUACGUUGUUGCCGGUUCCGGUACUUUGGGUUGGGACGUUGCUGGUGCCAACUUGAUUGAAAAGGGCGACAAGGUGCUUGUUCUCCUGACUGGUUUCUUUUCCGACAACUUUGCCGAGGCCUUGAAGGUCUACGAUGCCCAGGUUGAUGUGGUCACUGCCCCUGUGGGCGAUGUGCUUCCAUUUGACCAGAUUGAGCAACAAUUGAAGAAGGAGAAGUACACCGCCGUUACCAUCACCCACGUUGACACUUCCACCGCUGUUGUCUCUGACGUGGCCAAGAUCUCCGAAAUCGUCAAGAAGGUCUCUCCAGAGACUUUGAUUGUCGUUGAUGGUGUGUGCUCCAUUGGCCUGGAGACCAUUGAAUUCGACAAGUGGGGCAUUGAUUUCGCCUUGACUGCUUCCCAGAAAGCUCUCGGCACCCCAGCUGGUUUGCUGGUCUUCUUUGCUUCCUCAAGAGCUGUUCAAAAGGCUGUUAACAAGGAGAAGCCUGCUGCUUUCUUUGCUUCUCUCAAGAAAUGGACUCCAAUCAUGAAGGCUUACGAGAGUGGAAGCGCUGCUUACUUUGCCACUCCUGCCAUUCAGACCAUCACCGCUCUUAAGGUUUCCUUGGACGAAAUUGUCGGCAGAGGUGUGGACUCUACCAUCUCCAAGCACGAGGAAGCCUCGACCAACUUCAAGAACGAGCUCGAGGCUUUGGGCAUCAAGCUUGUUCCUGUCAACCGUGACGUUGCUGCACACGGUCUUACCGCUGCUUACUUCCCUGAAGGUGUCAAUGGUCCAGAUUUCUUGGGCAAGUUGGCUUCAAAGGGUUUCGUUGUCGCUGGCGGCAUUCACAAGGAGUUGGUCGGCAAGUACUUCCGUGUUGGCCACAUGGGCUUCUCUAUUUACGAGGGCCACGUUGACCGUUUGCUUGCUGCCAUCAAGGAGACCUUGAAGGAAUUGAAAUAG